AUGUUAGAAGCCAGAGUGGUUUGUGAGCGAGGCUACUUGCCCCGGUACCCUGUACUGACGUGCACGGCUUCAGGACAAUGGGACAAACCCGCACUGUGCGACCCAGUAAACUGCAGCCUACCUGAGGACCCCCCGCACGGCUCGUACCUGUGCCAGGGUCACGUGUUCUCGGACCGCUGUGACGUCAUCUGUGACAUGCGGUACGUACCGGAAACAAACGACACCCUGGGCUGCAGCUGGACCGGAAACUGGAUAACCUUUCGCGGAGAAAACACGACGGAGAUGGAAAAUGCGUUAUCAGCAGACAACGUUAUCCCACAAACUCUGGUUUGUGUCAUCGCUGACUGUGGAAGUAUUUCGACGCCUGAACACGGUGACGUCAGCUGUACAGGUACGACGUACGGUGAGACGUGCCAUCUCACCUGUCAUGACGGGUACGAACGGCUGAUUCAGGACAACUUCACCUGCCAGGUUCACGGAGACAAACCCACCUGGAGUGGAGAACCAGAGUGCAUCCCAGUGAGUUGCGGAUCCCCUCCCGAGUUCCCACACACCUCCAUCCGGUGCACCAGCGGACACACCUACGGGAACACCUGCGGAGUCACCUGUGCGGACGGGUACGAAGGAACGAACCUCCAGAACGUGACUUGUCACAUUACCGGCAAUUGGAGCCUACAGGCGGAAGCGCUCCAGUCUGUUGUUGGAGGACCAGAUCUGCUCUGUCAGAAGAAGGACUGCGGCAAUCUUUCUACCCCGGCCCAUGGCCGCCUGACGUGCAGCGGCACCAGGUACCAGGACUCCUGCCGCCUGACGUGUGAGCCGGGCUACAAAGUUGCCGACGAGAGCGGCCACCUGCUCCACCGUCUCUUCAACUUCAGGUGCAUGGCAAGUGGAGAAUGGAACAAGCCGAGCUGUGUCCCGUCUGACUACUGCCAGCUCGGGCUGCACGACUGCCACCCUGAGCACGGGGUCUGCAGCCUGACGGGCCACCAGGCCUUCAGCUGCCGCUGCCGGGUCGGGACGGUCGGGGACGGGAGACACUGUGAGCGGACCGCCUGUCCGGAUUUUCCGGUCGCUGAACCGGAGAACGGGUUCUUCUCGUGUUCUAUCCCGACAUCCUCCGCAGCCGACACCUGCCAAUCAGCUACCAGCACAGAGCCGGAGUACGAAGUCGUCUGCGUGCUCCACUGUAACCAUGGUUACGACAGGCUGAUCUAUGCCGAGUACUCCUGUGGACAUGACGGAAACUGGACCAUUCCUGUUGACAUUAACAGCACUGGGACUACACAUUGUCUAGGUACAUAUGAGACUUGA